GAGGUUUUUUUAUAAUAAAAUACACAAAUAAAUAAAACCUUUGUAUUUGGAGAUUAGUAACCAAAAUUAAAUUUAUAAAUAAUCAAAACAUAAACACAAACACACAUAUAUAAUUUAAAAAAAAAUAAUUAAUUUAAAAUGAGAAGACAACAAAGAGCUCAAGACAGCGAUUUUUUAGAUGAACAAGAACAAAAUGAUCUUAUAAGCGGUUUAUUAUCAAAAGAUAAACAAUCUGCAUUGUUUUAUAGAAAAUGCAUGAGUUAUAUAGGAUUUUUUUGUGGAUUUUUAAAAUUAUUAUGCGCAAUUAUGCCAUUUAAUGUAUUACCAUUCGAACAUGCAGCACAUAACAGUUUAAGAUUAUCAGGUGUAUCAACAUUUAUAAUGGCAUGGAUGGAAUGGAUUUCAUCAUCAGCAUAUGUAGCAGGUGGUAUUGCAAUGUAUCCAGAGUUUGUCAAAGGUUUCAUUAGAAAAUGGAUUAUGAUGGCAUGCAUUGGUUUCUCUGGUUUCGUUUCUAUUAUUGUAUUGUUUGUAACUGGUAAUAUUUUAACCACCCUUUGGAUUACCGGUUUAAAUUGUAUCUAUUUAUUUGGAUGUCUCUAUGUCUACACUUUAACCUCAAAUGGCCAAAAUGAAAUCAUCAAUCUUCAAAAAUUCCAAUACCCCCACAAAAAAGCUUAAAAAUAAUAAAAUAAAUAAAUAAAAUACAUUAUAUAUAUUUAACGUUUAAAUAU